AUGAACGAUGAUAAAUUGAUUAUCAUUAUACCAGACGUUAUAUUUAAUUUAUCCAAACAUAUCGAUAACCGAAGUUUGGAGUUUAAAUACCGAAACGAGACUAAAAUUCUAAUUAAUCUAAUUGCUUUGUUAUUUUAUCUCACAUCGAUAUUAUUAAAUUGCUAUUUAUUAUGUUUGAACAUCAAGUGCGUGGAUUAUCGUAGAUAUAAAAGAUUACCGCUACUGAUUAUUAAUUUUGCCAUCUCUAAUAUUAUUCUUGCAAUUGGUUUUCUGUCUUAUACAUUAUUCAUCGAUAUUUAUUAUCAGACAGAAAUUAUUGCUAAUAGCAAUAAGAAAGAUUCUGAUGGUUUAACAGAUACUACUAUUUUAAAGGAAAUGCUCAAAUAUCAAAUAGUGCAUAAUUUCGGUAAUAUUCAAGCAUUAUUCCUACUUUUCCUUGCUACCGAUUCAUAUUUUUCAUUAUUCAUUGAAUACAAUCCGAAUCAUCAAUCACUUAUCAUUGUUACGAUACUUUUAUCACUACCUUAUAUUAUUUCCAUAUUAUUGAUUGACAUGCGAUUCCUUCAGUUAUUAACUACUACUAAUACUUCUAUUAUUGUUUUUUAUUUGUUAAUUCUCAUAUUAGUGCCAUCGUUAUCAUUUCUGUUAGCGUUAUGUUUCAUGAUAAGACAAUGUCAAAUGAAAACAUUUCGGGUGCAUAAUCGAUCAUUAAAAAUGGCAUUGCUAAUAAUUAACUUCUUUCAACUAAUCGAAAAAUGGGGAUUAGCUGUAGAACUUUUUGAAGCAAAUUUUCACAUUGUUAUUGUUGUCGAUAAUAAUAAUGAUAAUUAUUAUUUACGAAUCAUUUUGAAUAAUUUGUAUGAGAUAGCACAUGGAUUAACCUUACUAAUGCCUUUCCUAUCAGCUUUAAUUCUUAUUUCACUUGUUAGAAGUUAUCGAGAGCGAACUAUUCAACAUUUUCAACAACUUCUGCGGUGGAUCUGUUGUAAGGAAGUGGAAGAUAAAAUUGAUUAUAAUGUGGAAACAAUGCAUUCAAUUAUUGCUGGACAAAUUCGCCAACGACAACUUUUUAAUAAUUAUUCAUCUAACAUUGAAAUAUUUUAA